AUGGGAGCCUUCUACGAGACAAUCCCGCAGUCGGUGCAGUCAUGGAUACUGGAACAGAAGAUGUUCUGGGUCGCAACGGCCCCGCUGUCAGGCUCUGGCCACGUCAACGUGUCUCCUAAGGGAGGCGAAUACUUUGGCCUUAUCGAUGAAAAGACCUUCUGGUACAUGGAACUGACGGGCAGUGGCUGCGAGACCCUGGCGCAUCUCUACGAGAGAGGUAACGGGAGAAUCACCAUCAUGCUCUGUGCUUUUGAAGGUCCGCCAAAGAUAGUUCGACUUUGGGGGAAAGGUCGCGUGCUGGAAAGCGAGUCGCCCGAGUUCAAUGAUUUUGUUUCCAAUUUCAACAUAGAGACAAUUCCUGGAACGAGGUCAAUCAUCAUUGUCGACGUUCACCAGGCCGGAUCCUCCUGCGGUUUCUCCGUCCCAGUCUACGAGUUCAAGUCGCAAAGGGAAGUCCUCAACGACUACUUCAAGGCCAAGGAACGUAAAUAUAAGCAAGGUAACGAAAAGGAAAGCAUGGAUAGAUACUGGGCUCUGAAAAGUCAAUUUAGCAUGGAUGGACUCGAAGCCAUGAAGAGAGGCGUCGAGGUUGGUCGCCGAGAAAAGAUUCAGCCCAUGAAGAAAAUGGUCGGGCCCAGAACUCCUCGAAACCAAUACUCUCGGUCCCGGGUCCGGGGAUCAGCGCUCGAAACCCUUGCCUUGGUUCUGGUGAGCUUUGCCAUGGGCAUCUUGAUAGCCUUGUCUGCCAGCUCCGUGGUACCCAUCAUACCCGGUCUUGAUAGGUUGUGGGCACUACCAAGUUGA